AUGUUGACCACUACUCUUCAGUACGUGCGCGCGGCGGCCGCUGCGCCCUGGGCCCGCCUCCUCUCCACCGUCCAGAAGCCUGACCUCGGCUACGGGACGGAGGGGGAGGCGGAGGCGGAGAGACGGCAGGAGGAGGAGCCGGUGGCGGAGGACGACACAGCCAGCAGCCCCGUGUGCUCCUACAACGAGUGGGAUCCCCUCGAGGAGGUCAUCGUGGGUCACGUAGAUGGCGCCUGCGUGCCGGAGUUCACCGUCGAGGUCAAGGCGAACACCUACGAGAAGUACUGGCCGUUCUACCAGCAGUACGGCGGCAAGCCGUUCCCGGCCGAGCAUCUGACAGAUAAUUUAACGGCGGAGAUCGAGGAGUUCUGCAGCAUUCUGCGCCACGAAGGCGUUGUCGUACGCCGGGCCCGAACCCACGAUCGGGACUGCAGCAGCAUACGAGGACGACCGACAUUCAGAUCGCGCAGUCUCUACUCUGCGAUGCCGAGGGACAUCCUCCUCGUCGUCGGCAAGGAGAUCAUCGAGAGUCCGAUGGCGUGGCGCUCACGCUUCUUCGAGUAUCGCGCCUACCGCAACCUCAUCAAGAGUACUCUCGAAGGGUGCCAAGUGGACGACGGCGCCAAGCCGCAGAUGAGCGACGACCUGUACGACUGCGAUUACCCGAUGAAGUCUGUCGCCGACAGACAUUUGCUGGCGGAACAGGGCAAGUUUGUGACGACGGAGUUUGAACCGUGCUUCGAUGCAGCCGACUUCAUCAGGGCCGGGCGCGACAUCUUCGCUCAGAGAAGCCAGGUGACGAACUUCAUGGGAAUCGAGUGGUUGCGCCGCCACCUGGCGCCGACCUACCGCGUGCACACGAUCUCGUUCAAGGACCCGAAUCCGAUGCAUAUUGACGCGACGUUCAACAUCAUCGGUCCCGGUCUCGUCAUCUCGAACCCCGACCGCCCGUGCAAAGGGCUACAGAGACAGCGCGAUGAGAUGUGUGCGGAAGAGAGCCGAGGCUGAGAAAGAUUCUCACACACGCCGAAACCCAUUGAUGCGGAUGAGCACCCGCUGUGGAUGUCGUCCAAGUGGCUGUCGAUGAACGUUCUCAUGUUGGACGAGAAGCGAGUCGUCGUCGAGGCGCAGGAGACGAGCACGCAGCAGUUCUUCCGCGAGCACGGACUCACGCCGGUCCCCGUCAGCCUCCGACACGCAAACUCGCUCGGCGGCGGCGCCCACUGCUGGACGUGCGACGUGCGUCGCCGCGGCAACCUCGAGUCUUACUUCUAAGGUCGCCGUGGCAACCUCGAAUCUUGCUUCUAAGGUUGUUGGGUCGCCACAGAGCUAAUUCUAAGGUCGUGGCGUCACCGUCGAGUCUUUCUUCUAAGGUCGUGGGGUCACACUUGAGUCUUACUUCUAAGGUCGAGUCUUACUUCUAAGGUAGUGGGGUUGUGGGGUCACACUUGAGUCUUACUUUUAAGGUAGCGGGGUCGCAGUGUCACACCUAAUUCUUACUUUUAAGGUAGUGGUGUCGUGGGGUCACAUUUGAGUCGUACUUCUAAGGUCGCAGUGUCACACUUGAGUUUCACUUCUAAGGUAGUGGGGUCGCAGUGUCACACUUGAGUCUUACUUCUAAGGUUCUAAGGUAGUGGGGUAGUGGGAUCACACUUAAGUCUUAUUAUCAAGGUCGCAAGGUCACCCUGUGGUCACAUCCGUGAGACACAUGGGUUACAGGGUUUCCUGAGACAUGCGUCAUACAGGUCCUUGAGACACAUGAGUUACAGGGACUCCUGAUAUGCAUUGGAUAUAGGAAUUCCUGAGAGAUAUGGGUUAUCCCCCCCUCAAGGCACGUGGGUCAAAGCCUCCCUGAGACGCAUGGGUUAUAGGGUUCUCUAAGAAGCAUGUACGUUUUCGUGUGAACUUCUUACAAUUUCCUAGUUGCAUUUUUCAUGUUUACUACUUACGGGCGUUGCGGAUGCGAGAAGAGGUUGUGGGUAAAAAGUAUUCACUUGGUCAGUGUCUAGAGAGAUUUCCGGUCCUUUUGGCAGAUCGAUUGAGGAAUUAUUGUUCUGGGAUGUUUUGUUCGGUGUAAGUUUACAGUUUUAUUGCAUUUUAUGCAAUAGCAAUAACAGAGUUGGUGUGCGCAAGGUGAUUAUAGGGAUAUCGUUUUUAUUUCUCCACGAUGCGUAGGAGGUUCUCCCUCCGUAUGGAACACCUUCCAGAAGAGCAGAUGUUAAUUUGUGCUUCAUAGACAUUUUCAACUAUGUGCACAGUGCUCUGGCCACCUAUCCCAUAAACAUGCACAACUGCCAAAUGUAAUGUAAUCGAUCUAUCUAUGUAAACACCUAAAUGCUAUACCGUUGUAAACGUCACAAUGAUAUUGCUAUGAAUUGUACACUAAUCUUGUAUGAGGGAUGUUAUUUGCACACUGAUUGUACACUCACUGUGUGAGUGUUUGUGUGUGCUCGCGCUCUCUUAAAGAUAAGCAUGCAUGCAUAGUUACAGUUCGUCCGUUCACGGUUGGUGGUGACCAAGUAAAUGCCAAGUGACAACUUUACUAGGACCUCAUUCAUAACUUGCCAGGCGUUUGAAACUUCAGUUGGUGUCUUCCGACAAACAAAAACACUGAUUGGACUUUGGUGCGCAAAGCGAGCUUUUACAGUGUUUUUCUCGCGUUGACUUCUAUAGGCAUUCCAAGAUUCAGGUUUUAGUAGAUGGCGUUUCUUCGCCACUCAAAGAUGAAUUCGGGAUCAAUUUAUUGUCAGUGUUACGAAGUUGUUGUGAAUCGAAUGUACUGUUAUCAUUAUGAAGCCCAUUUAUAUGCACAACAUCUAUUGUGAUUGCUUGGCUAAAGCUCGCGUCGUUGUAUGCCCAUCGAUGGCAUGCUGGAUAAAAUACUGUGCAGGGCUGAAUAGUACUGGUGGAACCUACACCUUGAUGUUACCGCAUGUAUUUUUUAAGUUACCGUAUUGUAUGGAACCGCCUGGUGUAGCCAAAGUGAUAAAGCACAUAACGUAGAACUAUCUCUCUCUAUAUACUUACGUUGGACUCGCAACUGGUCACAAUUCGGUGACCUGGUACGGAACGAACGUAUUUAUUUAACGGUAAUGAUGUCGUCAGAUAGAUCGUAGAUUUGUCGACUUGACUGUUAUGGGAAAGCUGACAAGUAGAGAGACGCGUAUGUAAUUAAAUGCCUGUCAUGUUUAUUCGGAGAAUGCGAUAAAAGAGUAUGUCUCAACGAGAACACACCGUGACUCUGGGAGCUUUCUUUUUUGUUUGUCGGCUUUGGAAGCCAGUUGGUUUAUGAUAGAACCAGUUUACGUAGUAGCAAGGGCCAUUAUAGUUUACGAGUCUGUUAUGGGCCCUUGAUGGUUUUAUCUCCCGUUCUCUAAUUAAGAGCUGCAGCUAGGCUGUUCGCCGUAUCUAUAUAAAUUUUUUCUCUGUGUCUUUAACAGUCGGAAUACCUGAGUAAUUGUUACUAUCCAAGCAGCUAUUAUAAGCAUUGCAUGGUGAUCUAGGUUAUGCGAUUGCAGUUCCACUACUAAUGAAAGCACGGCCGUGAGCGUUAUAUAGUAGCAUGUAAAACUCAGCAAUACAUAUAAACAUGUGCAAAACAAAA